AUGAUAUUCGCAGUUUUCCUCUUUCUGCUCCUCCUCACAGGUGGAAGUACCUCCAAUUACACAGAGCCAACAGCGCUACAUGAUGAUCAACGGAACUUCAAUCAGAGCUCUGAGGAAAGAUAUAGGAAUUCCUCUGCGGGUAACUGUGGUUUUCAGGAUGUUUUAAACCACCUGAACCUGACCAAAGAAAAUCAUCUGUACUUCAUGGCCCGGCCUGUUAAACACUACAAUACAACUACAGUCGUACACCUCCACAUGCUUCUGUACAGUAUCCUAGAUGUGAAGGAGAUUGAUCAGACUUUCGUUCCAUACGUUUGGAUUUUAAUGGCUUGGCAAAAUGAACAUAUUAAGUGGGAUCCAGAUGACUUUUGUGGACUUGAAACUAUAUCAGUUCCUAUUGAAGCAUUGUGGAAGCCAGAUAUUACUAUUGAAGAGAUGGUAGAGAAGGAUAAGGCCCCUCCGAGUCCUUAUGUCUACAUUUCUGCUGACGGUUGGGUUGAACGUGUGAAUGAUAUGGUGCUGGUCAACACCUGCAAGAUGCAAGUUUACAAAUUCCCCUUUGACAUUCAGAGCUGCAACAUAUCUUUCAAGUCUGCCCUACACUCUGACAAGGAUAUCCAGCUUAAAUGGAAUGCCAGCUCGAAGGACGAAGUGUGGUCUCACGGGUCGCCGACCCAGUAUGAGUGGCUCUUUAUCAACAUGAUACACACUGAAAAUACUGUCAGCACAUUAGGCGUCAACCAGAGCACAAUUAUUUACACGAUCACCAUGAAGAGGCGGUCUCUCCUCUAUGUUGUCAACUUCAUGCUUCCUGUCCUGUUCUUCUUGUGUCUGGACUUGUCCUCCUUCCUGAUCUCAGACAGAGGGGGCGAGAAGCUCAGCUUCAAAGUCACUGUGCUGCUUGCUGUCACUGUGUUACAACUUAUUCUGAAUGACAUUCUGCCUGCUUCAUCAAACAAGAUUCCACUUAUAGCAACUUACUGUAUUGGAAGUUUUGGUUUGAUGAUGCUCAGCCUCCUGGAGACGAUUUUGGUGAUGCAUCUCAUAAGGAAAGACUCCCGAGAUAACAAGGAAGACAGACACCGAAGCCUAAACAAGAAGAGAUGGACUCACCGUGUGUCUGUCAGUGAUGUAUUUACUGGAGAAACUCCAUCUGGACUGCCGUUGGUGGCCAAAGAGGAUAACAGCAGCAAACUGACGGAGUCCAAUUCCUUGAAGAAGGUCUCAGAUGACCUGACGGAGGUAGAGAAGACACUGACUGUGCUCCUCAACAGCAGGAAGGAAGAAGGAAAGCCCGGGUACUGGACCGGAGUGGCUAACAGAAUCAACAAAGUUUUCUUCAUUUUCUAUGUCACAGUAGCCAGUCUGUUUUUAGCUUGUAUCUUUAUAACAUGGAUCUAUGCAGCAGACGAGUAGAGCUAAAGUUAAACAUAGUGAAUUCAUUGUUCUAUAUAACAUGGAUGUUAAAACAUCUGUGUUAAAAAAAAAUGACCCAUUGUUUCUUUGCAUAUGGCUAUUGAGGGUUCGCACUGACUUGUUACGAAGCAACAUAGACCCAUUGGGAUAUUUGUUUGUGAUAACUGUCUGGCUUGCUGGAGAAUGCAUGGGUUUUCCCCCUUUCUGGUUUAUAUAUUCCUUCCCUUAGUUGAAUUAUUCUUUUCCCUGGUGGGGACAAAAUUUAUCCCCCCUCAGAGUGAUCAAUGCUACUUCACUUCACUUCACAAAACACACAGUUCGCAUCGAUCCGUGAUUUCGUUAGGGUUAUAUUUAUAUUAAAAUGCGUUACUUUGGUUCUGAUGUAGCUGCUUCUCUGUCUGUAGGUAAUCACCACUCUGUAGUCUUGCUCUAUGUUCCACCCACAGCGCUAUCUGAUUGGUUACACGUCACGAAUAAUAGCUGAUUUGUUCCGGUGAGCAGCGGAGCUGUGUGUUGAAGGGAAGGCAGAAAUUACUAAAGGUGCAAUUUUUUUACAAAUCGCACCCUGAUUAUUAUUUUCCACUUUAUUUUUGUAUUUUAGAUCUUGUUGCAUCUUCUUCCUCUGCAAUGUUAUAAUGGCACCCACCUGGAGUAUUUGUACCACCAGCAGUUUAUCUUUGUGCGCCCAACUCCUAAAAUUCACACAACCGUAGUGGAUAGAAACAAGCGUUAAUUAAGAUUUUCUGUAGUGGUUUUUGUGGAAAUCCAGUUAAUCGCUGUGCUAAAUUUGAAUGGAAGCUGCUGUGACGUCUGCCUAUGAUAGAGCUGUGACAAAGGAAUACAGCAGGUUGAUUUUUCAUGUGCUUCUUCGCGUAUUACCUCUGAACAGUACAAGUAGACAAGCAAGCUAGGCUAACAAAGAAAAGUCUAUUGAUAUCUUAGGAUCUCUCAAUCUGUCACGUGACUCUUGCUUUGCAGGCAGUGGCAGCCUUAAGCAUCCGGCAUGAUCUACACAAUACCACACAUCUAACAUAUAUUCUGUAUUAGCCUAUGACACCAAUAUGGUUGCAUUAGUAAUUACUUUGAUACAUAAUAUGCAUCAUGUUCAAUGAGUCCAUCAGAUACAUUCUAAAUAAAUAGAGAAUUUUUUUUUUAUAUAUAUAGAUACAUACAUAUAUACACAUAUAUAUUUAUAUAGAAAGAAGAAAAAUUGUAGUUUCUUUAAGAUUCUCUUGAAAUUAUCUUCUUUGGAAAUGCAAUGUAGUCAGCGCCUAAUGUUAAUUUAUUCAUUUGCAUCCUUGUUUUUGUUUGCUAUCCAUUAUGCAUGUAUACUAUAUACUAUAUAUUUUAGGAGGCUACUCUACAUUUAAGUUACAUUAUGUAUUUACGUGAUGAAAUCAAAGUUUAAUUUUGUUUAAAAGCUUUGUGCUGCUGAAAUAAACAAUCAAGACAAA